GACCUCCUCACAUGACCCAUAGGAUUUAUCGGUGAAGCUGUGUUUUCUGCUUCUCCGUUUCAUCUGUGUCCGUUUAUUUCGUCGUGAUGGCCGGCCGUGGGAAGCUGAUCGCCGUGAUCGGUGAUGAGGACACCUGCACGGGCUUCCUGCUCGGAGGCAUCGGGGAACUCAACAAGAACCGAAAGCCCAAUUUCCUGGUGGUGGAGAAGGACACGAGCAUCACGGAGAUCGAGGAGACCUUCAAGAGCUUCUUAGCACGUAAUGACAUUGGCAUCAUCUUGAUCAACCAGUUCAUCGCUGAGAUGAUCCGUCACGCCAUCGACGCUCACAUGCAGUCCAUCCCUGCUGUACUGGAGAUCCCAUCCAAAGAACAUCCGUACGACGCGUCCAAGGACUCUAUCCUGCGCAGGGCCAAGGGCAUGUUCUCCGCUGAAGACUUCCGAUAAACAGAAAAGACUGUGAAAACACACAGAGGUUUAAUGUUUGCCUGUGAUGUGAAGACGUGUUGGUGUUUGUCUGUUCAGUGACACUGAUGAAUUUCCAUGUGACUCUGUUGAGCUUUACUCUGUCAUUCCUUCUGUCUUUUCUUCUUUCUUUGCUGCUUAUUUUGAAACUGUAUCAAGUAUUUUGGGAUUCACCCCAGGCAGUUUUCAGGAAGUAAAACACAUAAUCGGUUUUCAUGUGAUUCAUGAUAUUUUUUCUUUUUUUUAAAAACAUGAACAGACAAUUAAACCCAUGUUUUCAUUAUGUUUAUUUUAUUAACAUGUGAACUGUACGUAUUAACUUAUAAAAAAUUAUUGGUGGAGACAAUAAAUUACCUUGUUGUGAGAUUCUC